AUGGCCCCGCCCCUCCCCAGGAGGGAAAAGGCAGCUAGCUGCCAGUUACUUACCUCAUAGGCACUGGGACCUGGCCCACAGGACGAGAGGGUCGACGGCUGCCGCCUGCCCCUGCCAGGCCGGGCCAUGGACCCACAAGAGACGGUCGUCAAGAACCCCUAUGCCCGAGUCAGCAUCCCCCGGGCUCACCUGCGGCCCGACCUGGGGCAGCAGCUGGAGGUGGCUCCCUCUUCCCAGGGGUCGCAGCCUCUGCCUGCGGGGUCCUGCCCCUCAGAGCCCACCGAGGAGGCCCCAGAGGGCAAAGGCGCCAAGGGGACCAAGGGGGCUGCCCAGAUCCAGGGCCAGCAGGUCUGGCCGCAGCCCGGCAACCCCCACGGGAGUGGGCAGCGCCCAGCAGCACUGACCUACGCCGGCCGGCCACCCAUCGGGCGUGGGGACGACAUCGCCCACCACUGCUGCUGCUGCCCUUGCUGUCCCUGCUGCCACUGCCCUCGCUUUUGCCGCUGCCACGGCUGCUGCACCAUCUUCUAG